CCGGGGGCUGCAGCAGAGCCGCCAUGUCCCGGGAGGAGCCCCCAGCCGGGGAGGCCGAGGGCUCGGCCCCUGCCGCCAUCGACCGCCUCUGCCAGGACCUCAACCUGGACGCGGCCAGCGCCGGUGAGGCGCUGCGAGACUUCACGGCGCUGCGUGGCACGUACAGCCUAGAGGGAGAAGUGGUGCAUUGGUUGGCUUGUGCUCUGUAUGUUGCUUGUCGUAAAAGCAUACUUCCCACGGUUGGAAGUGGCCUUAUGGAAGGAAACUGCGUUUCACUGACUAGGAUACUACGGUCAGCCAAACUAAGUUUAAUUCAGUUUUUUAGUAAAAUGAAAAAGUGGAUGGACAUGUCAGACCUGCCGCAGGAAUUUCGGGAGCGAAUGGAGAGGCUGGAGAGAAACUUUGAAGUAUCGACUGUGAUUUUCAGAAAGUUUGAACCAAUAUUUUUGGAUGUAUUUCAAAACCCUUAUGAAGAAACACCUAAACCACAAAGGAGCAGAAAACAGAGAAGGAAGUGCAGUGUUAAAGAACUGUUCAACUUCUGCUGGACACUCUUUGUUUACACCAAGGGGAAUUUCUGUAUGAUUGGAGAUGAUUUAGUAAAUUCCUAUCAUUUGCUUCUGUGCUGCUUGGACCUGAUUUUUGCAAAUGCCCUUUUGUACCCAGAUAGGAGAGAGUUGUUAAAUCCAUCAUUCAAAGGUUUACCAGCAGACUUUCACACUGCUGAAGUCAAGGCCUCUGAAGAGCCUCCUUGCAUCAUUGCCACACUUUGUGAACUUCAUGAUGGACUUAUGGUAGAAGCCAAAGGAAUAAAGGAACACUACUUUAAACCCUACAUUUCAAAGCUCUUUGAUAGGAAGAUUUUAAAAGGAGACUGCCUCUUGGAUUUUUGCAGCUUUGCAGAUAACAACAAAGCAUUGAAUAAGGAGUAUGAAGAGUAUGUUUUAUCAGUGGGUGACUUUGAUGAGAGGGUUUUCUUAGGAGCAGAUGCAGAAGAAGAAAUUGGAACUCCCCGAAAGUUUGCUGCUGACAUGCCAGUGGGGAAAACAACAACAAGAGCUCACGUGGAGUGUCAUCUUCAGCAGCAUUUUGAAAAGAAAAGAUCAUUUGCACCUUCUACACCACUGACAGGAAGGAGAUACCUGAGAGAGAAGGAAGCAGUAAUCACUCCUGUUGCUUCAGCAACACAAAGUGUGAGCCGGUUACAGAGCAUUGUGGCUGGGUUGAAAAAUGCACCAAGUGAACAGCUUAUAGCUAUCUUCGAGUCUUGUGUACGCAACCCUAUGGAAAGCAUCAUGAAUCGAGUUAAAGACAUAGGUGAGGCUUUCUGUCGGAGUUAUACUCAGUCAACAGAUGACCAGCCAGGAUCUCACAUAGAUUUUGCUGUUAACAGACUAAAACUGGCAGAGAUUUUGUAUUACAAAAUUUUGGAGACGAUAGUGGUACAAGAAACACGAAGAUUGCAUGGGAAGGACAUGACAGCUCUCUUGGAGCAAGAUAUUUUCCAUCGUUCCCUGAUGGCAUGUUGUUUAGAGAUUGUGCUAUUCGCAUAUAGCUCACUUCGAACUUUCCCUUGGAUUAUUGAGGUUCUUGAUCUCCGACCAUUCUAUUUUUAUAAGGUGAUUGAAGUAUUGAUUCGGUCUGAGGAAGGACUCUCCAGAGACAUGGUGAAGCACCUCAACAACAUUGAAGAACAGAUUCUGGAGAGUCUAGCCUGGACCAGUGACUCUGCCCUAUGGAAAGCUCUACAAGCCUCAGAAAACAAGGUCCCAACCUGUGAAGAAGUAAUAUACCCAAGUAACUUUGAAGCCAGUAAUGGAGGAAGUGGACUAGGGCACCUCCCUAUGAUGCCAAUAUCGCCUAUUGUGCAUCCCCGAGUGAAAGAGGUUCGCACAGAUCUUGGUGGAAGUUUACGACGGGACAUGCAGCCAUUGUCUCCGAUCUCUGUUCAUGAGCGCUACAGCUCUCCUACAGCUGGAAGCGCUAAGAGAAGGCUCUUUGGCGACGACAGCCCAAAAGACGUGCAGAUAGAAAAGGUUCUCUCUGAAGGAACGAAGUUGAAAAUUGCCCCAGCUUCAAGCGUUGCUGCUGAAAAUGUCUCUCUCUCACCGGGACAGACAAUUUUGACCAUGGCAACAGCUACUGUAACAGGGACAAUGGGACAGAAAGUUACAAUCCCACUGCAUGGUAUUGCAAACGACACUGGAGGGAUCACCUUGAUUCCCAUUUCAGUGAAUUUAUCUCAGCAGUCUAAAGUGGAGAGUCAUGGACAAGUACCUCUCACUGCUGAAGCUUUAAUUGGUGCAUCUCCAAACCAUUCCUGUAUGAAUCAAGCACAGGAAGCACAUCCGUCAGCAGGAAGCAAACCAAAGAAAACUGGCUCCCUGGCACUGUUUUACAGAAAGGUGUAUCAUUUGGCAAGUGUGCGCUUGCGUGAUUUGUGCUUAAAACUGGAUGUUUCCAUUGAGUUGCGCAGGAAGAUAUGGACAUGUUUUGAGUUCACAUUAGUUCAUUGCACUGAUCUAAUGAAAGACAGACAUUUGGAUCAGCUCCUCCUUUGUGCCUUUUACAUUAUGGCAAAGGUGUCCAAAGAGGAAAGAACUUUUCAGGACAUAAUGAAAAGCUACAGAAACCAGCCACAAGCAAACAGCAAUGUUUACAGGAGUGUUUUGUUGAAAAAUAGUCCCAAAGAGGUCACAUCAGAAAAUACAAAUUUAACCCAAGAUGUGGAGAUGACAGGUGGUGACUCUCCUGGGAAAUUGUGUCUUUCACUUGUAAGAUCAACACCAGAGAACUCAAGCGAAUCAGGAAAGGAGGAGAGAGGAGAUCUGAUAAAAUUUUACAAUGCAGUCUAUGUAGGAAGAGUAAAAUCAUUUGCACUCAAGUACGAUGUCACAAACCAGGAUCAUGUAAUGGAAGCGCCUCCACUUUCCCCAUUCCCCUACAUUAAACAGCAGCCAGUGUCUCCUCGGCGGAUAUCCCAGCAACACUCUGUUUAUGUUUCACCACACAAGAAUGGUGCCUGCCUGACGCCUCAGACUGCUCUACUGUACAAGUUUAAUGGGAGCCCUUCUAAGAGUUUGAAGGACAUCAACAAUAUGAUAAAACAAGGUGAACACAGGAGUAAGAAGCGAGCAAUUACAAUUGACAGUGACAGUGAGUCUCCAGCAAAACGACUCUGCCAGGAAAAUGAUGAUGUCUUACUAAAACGUCUUCAGGAUGUUGUCAGUGAAAGAGCAAAUCACUAACAUCUACAAGGGACUGAAGCUCCAGAGUUCAUCACACCUGGGAAACAAUUUUUCCAGUUUUCCAGCUGUGGUGUGUGCAGGCAGUUUACUAAUUAAUGUGUAAAAUUGUACUGUCACCUGACUUCAGUAGGAAUGCAAAAAGGAAGUGUUAAGGACUGAACUGUGGGGAAUUAGAGGCUAUGAUCACAUUAACAUUAUUGCUGUCAGACGUGCUAUGAAUCUAUCUGCUGAUUCGCAUGUUGAAAUGGUUCUAUGAGCCAUGUCAGAUAUUCACCUCUAAUCUUCUAGUUUAGCGGUUCUGCUUUGAGCAUGAGGGCCAGCUCCUAGUUUCAGUGGUUCUGUUUUUUAAAUUGAAUUGACUGGAUGUAGGAAAGCAGCAGGGGCAAUCACUAUACUCAGUGUUUGGGGAAACACCUCAAGUGCCUUUUUGUUUUUACAUGAAAAUUAUAGAAUCUUAUGCAUUACUUUAAUGUGGACAGAUCAGGAGACAACUUGUUUGUUUUACUACAUUAAGGGUUAGAUAAACCCAUCUGUUCUUCAUUCUGCAUUCUAUAUUACGUGAAAAAAGUCACCUUUUAUCAAAGACUUGAUAAUGUGAUUUGAACAGGGUUAAUUUUUGGCUUUUAUAGCUGAGUAUAACUGGUAAAAUGCUAUUCUCCACCUACUUUGAGGAUGUCAACUAAAGUGAAUGUUGUGACAUGGAUUAAAUGUUUCUUAUGGUUUGGGAGAGAAAUCAGCAAGUACAACUGCAGAGGCCUAAACUGAAAGCACACUUAUUCUAGAGUGUUGCGGAGAUGUUUCUGGGAGCCUUUUCUGAAUUCAGCUUCCUCCAGAGCAGUGAAUGCUGCCACUGGAGACAGAUCUGAAGCACUCCUUCCUUCUGCACAUCGCAUCUGCAGCACUAAAUAUUCAUAGAUACUGUAUCUUAACUGAAAAAGGCUAGCGUGUAUCAAUAAUGGUUAAACAGUUCUGGGCUUUGGCCAUCAGUUACUACUGUAGCAAAUGUGUGAUGAUUCAUUUAAUGAACUUAAAAUUUCUUUUCUUUAGGAUUUUUAUAUUUUUUUCUGACAAGUGUACUCUCCUAUGUUGUGUAGUAUCUACACAGAAUGUAAGCCCAAACAGAUCAGGCAUGUUUGUACUUUUUUUUUUUUUUUGUAGCUAUUACAGACAUGUAGCUUUAGCUUUGUUCCAAUGGCAAUGUGUAAAAUUCCAGCAAAACUCCUACGUUUUAAAUGUUAGAAUUUUGAUAGGAUUGUUUUAUCAAGAUGAGGAAAACUUAAUGUUUAUAUAAUACUGUUUAUAAGCAAUAGUCUAAUUUUAACAGUAGUGAUUUUUUUUAAAGCUUAGAGCCAUAAGGUAAUUCUGUGUUGUACUUUUCUGUUCAAAGUUGCUAUAAGCAUCUUAUACUUACAAACUUGAACUGUCUUUUUAAUGGACAACUCUUUUCUAGAGCUCUGACUAUUUUACUUAGCUUUUAUUAGCUUGAUUAUUGAGCGCACCAGGAUUUGAUACAUCAUAAUUUUCAGUGGAACGAACUGGAAAUCUGGUGGAUGAACUUGAUUAAAUUGAUUAUAAAGGAGAGCGCUUUGGUUUACACAUUCAUCUUGGUAAUCAACAAUGAAAGGAGAGGUCACAAGUCCCCUAAGGUUUUGAUAACAUUAACUUUUUGAAGGUUGCCAUUGUUUUGACUGCUCUGAAAAACAUGUUUUGCCUUUUGAAAGUUUUGAGAAUGAAGACUGCAGUGUUAUAAAGUGGCAUAACAAAAGAUAUACUAAUCUUACAGUUAACUCCUUUUAAGUAUGUGAUGUUAAUGGUUGGAAAAAAAACCAAAACAUAAUACCAACUUCCAGUUUUGAGUUACUGACAAGAUGCAUUUGUGCAUGGGUAAUCAUGGCCUGAGCACAGCCCUGGAAAACCUACCUUGUUGUGGAAAGAGAUCUUGAAUUAGACUUCACAUAAACGGAGCCAAUUGUGCUUGACUCACUGCAUGAGGGGUUAUAUUCCUCAAGAAAAUUAGGCUAGGAUGGACUGUCGGACAGUAAAGAACACUCAGCAGUAUUGGAUGAUGGAACAAUUUAGUCACUUGGUUUUAAUUUCUCAUCAUGUGUAAACCUACUUUAUUUCUUAAGAGGUAUGCCCUGCAGACUGUUUCCGUUUCUCUAAUCUUGAAUUAAAAUAAUGGUGCUGAAAUUUGUUAGUUAUGAUUAGGUUUAGUGUAUUUUAUUAAAACAAAGUAUUACAAUUGGAUUUUAAUUCCUUUUCAUAAUAAAUUUUACCUAGAAUAGAUGCUAAUGUUGAUAGAGCAGAGUAAAUUUUGGACUUGAACAGUUUGCCAAGCUGUUAGGUUUUAAAGUUUUGUUAUGGUUUAAAAGUGCCUUCAUUUGUAAAUAUGUAUUUUACAAUAAAAAGUUCUUUAAA